AUGGCGCUAUCAUUUGUAUGUCUUGCUUAUGUACCAAGCAAUAUGGUACUUCUGGCUGAAAUUGCUUAUGUUGCCGCCGUGGCAUUCAGUGGACUGAUGUGGGUCGGACCCGUGAAAAGUGCAACACUGGUAUCGCAACAGCAUGCACAUUUCAUCCUUGCUAUUCUUUCGCUGAUCAACAGUUUAGGCAUUUUGGUCUUGCCCGUAUUCGUUGAAGCUAUGGCACCGGACAAUACACCUCACCAAUGGUCCAUCAUUUUGCUUAUCAUUUGCGGUAUUGUGAUUGCUUGUACAACAAUGUUUGCAUUUGUUGGCGAAGGUGAACCAGCAUGGUGGACGAAGCAAGAACAUCACAAGAAUAAUAACAGUCAGAAUCGAGCACACGACAUGAGGACAUUCUCGUAA